CCCAGCCGACGCAACAAUUCCCUCGACCUCUUCGCCCGGGUUCCUCGACGGCCAUUGUCGACCCCCCAGAUCCGCCCGCUCUCCCCGAACUCUGUCUGCAGCAGCCGCGCGACCUGCGAUUUUUACCAUGUCGUCAACGGGAGUCAACGUCCUCCGGUGGUCCGCCCUCGCCUUUGGCGUCUUCUACGGCUUCUCCCACCAGCGCACAAUCACUGCGACACAGCGAGCUCAGCACGCGCAGCACGAGUACGAGCAGAAGCAGAAGCUGAUAGAGCAGGCCAAGGCCGAGUACGCGAAGAAGACGAAGCCGGCCGCGGCAGCAGAGAAUGAUGCCGCUACGGAUGUCAACAGCCCGGAAUUUGACCUCGAGAAAUACCUACUGAAGAUCUCCAAGGAGAACCCUUGACCGAACCAAAGCGCGGGCUGAUGGAGGGGUGCUGAGCAAAGCAAGAGAUGCAUGCUGAAAAGCGAGUGAGAGAGAGAUUCGGGCGAACAAAAUCUGGUCGUCGAGGAGACGCAAAAAAGCCUUGAGAGGCGUAAUGAGACACCACAGACUGCAAAGGCAGUGU